ACUUCGUAACAACAUGGCGGCGCCUGGUAGGCUCGUAGGGCAUUACUUACACAAAAACGGACAAUUUCUCCUAAAUAACAUCGAUAAAUUAUGGUUUCGCAGGAGCUUUCACUGGAGCCCCAUCCUCCGUCAACAAGCAGCUGAGGCAAAUACAGAAUCUUCAGAAAAUAUUGUCAUCCCCAAAAAGAAAACAUGGAGUAAAGUGGCAGUUUUAGAGGCUCUUGCUGCAACUGUCAAAAGUGACCCCACUGCAUAUCCGUAUCAAUUCCAGGAUGACCCCUACCUUUCUCCAAGAACAUCAUCUGAAUUUACCCUGUUCUCGCUCUCUCAGGAGUCUGGUCGAGCUGCUGCCAAAUAUUUCAUGAACACAAAUCCAAAGUUUUUCACCAAAGACUUUGCAGAACCACAUAUACCAUGUCUGAUGCCAGAGUGUGUGUCUCCGAGUCUGGAGGAGGUGAGUGAAGCUGCUCUGAAGGAGAGGCUCAGUCUGAGGAGAGUGUCUGCAGCCGUGGAUAUGUACGACCAGCUACUUCAGUGUGGUCAAACAGUCUCCAUCGAAACGACUCAUGACCUUUUGGACCUGAUCAGUUUUUACUGCGAUCGAGAUCCGGUCGUCGAGGGCACGCCCGACAGAGAGGGCACCGAGGAGGGAGGAGAGGAGCCCAGGAGACGUAAGGGCAGGUUUAGAAAAGCAUCAGAGCUCCUGAAAUCCACCUGGAAAGAAAACAAUAAUGCAGAACGAAUCUUCAACUUACUCCCAGAAAGAGACACGCGCUGCUACUCUGCUCUGAUCAGAGGCAUGGUCAAGCAUGGAGCAUACGCCAGAGCCUUUGACUUUUACACAGACAUGCUCAACAACAGGGUCACAGGUGAUGUUCACAUCUUCAAUGCGCUGAUCUCAGCUGCUACAGAAGUCAGAGAGAAAUACAACGACAGAUGGGACCUCAUUGUUGAGCUGUUGAAUCAGAUGAAGCAGCAGCAGAUCUCUCCGUCUCUCCACACGUUUAACUCUGUGCUCAAGUCUCUAAGACGCUGUGGAUUUCUGGCCAAGAGUCACUCCCUGCACACGCUCAGUGAGAUGAAGGCCCUCGGCAUCGCUCCCAGUCUUGCCACCUAUGACCACAUCCUGGCUGCUUUCUUCAGAGCAGGUGCUUCGGGCCCAAACAACACUGAUGUUUUAUAUGAGGUGCUAUCGGUGAUUAAAGAAACCAGCUUCACCUGCCAGGACCCAGAUGACGUCCUUUUCUUCAGCAGUGCCAUGAGAAUUUGUUUGGAAAAUAAAGAUCUGGAGUUGGGGUAUAAAGUUCACUCUUUGGUUGAAUUUGGGGAAAACUGGAGGCUUCUUGGAGAUCCAUAUCAACAAAGCAUUUACUACGGCCGUUUCUUUAACCUGUUGUGUCUGAUGGAGAACCUGGAUGUGGUUCUGAAAUGGUACAAGAAACUCAUUCCAUCGUUGUAUUACCCAAACCCUCAGGGCCUGAAGGACCUGCUUCAGGCUCUGGACACAGACAAUCGACUGGACCUGCUGCCCACCAUCUGGAAAGAUAUCCACUCUCUGGGUCAUGAUAACAAACUGGACCUGGUGGAGGAGCUGCUCAGCCUCAUGUCCAGAGAGAAACACUCUCCAGAGGUACAGCAGCAGUUUUCUCAGUGUGCUCUGGAGGUCCGUUCUGUAUUUGAGGGGGACAGGGGGCGGAGCCUGGACUGGAGCUCUGCGUCUCUGAACCACAUCACCGCUCUCCUGCUCAGAGCUGACCACACAUCUACACAGGCCUGGGAGAUGCUUCAACGGUUCAAGGAAAAGAACAGAGUCCCAACAGUGGAGCUGAUGGAGGAGUUCCUGUCUUGGUGCAUAGUCUCCGGCUCAUGUGACAGAGCCGUGGAGCUGGUUCAGACCUCCGCUUCCUUCUGUUUGCCCUGUACGCACAGUCUGUCAGAGAGGGCACAGAAAGAACUCAACCUCAGUGAAGAGCAGAGAUCCGUUUUAUCUGAACUGGAGUCAGCAGCAGAGACAACAGACUAAGAGAGGAACCUAUUGCAGAAACUCUACGUAACACAGUGCAACCGUCAUUUUGUGUAUUUCAAACUACAGUACAUCAUGUGGAAUAAUAAACUAUGACAGUGUAAAGUAAAA